GUCGCACCUCAGUGCCUGUGCGCGCGCGGGUCCCCGAGGGGGCGUCAGGGAGCGAGGGGUGGGUGGGGGCGUCCCUACCAGCCCCGCGGCGCACGGCUGCUCCCAUUGGCUGGGGCUCGGGCGUCCAAGCCGAUCUGGCCGCGGGGGCGUUACUCCUGAGCCGGGUGGGACGGCACCCCGCGGACCGUCGUACUGCAGAUCCAGUGGUCGCCGACGUCAGGCAGGAUGUUGGAUGUGGAAGCCCAGGAGCCCCCCAAGGGGAAGUGGUCGACGCCGCCCUUCGACCCGCGCUUCCCCAACCAGAACCAGACCCGUAACUGCUACCAGAACUUCCUGGACUACCACCGCUGCCUCAAGACCAGGACCCGCCGUGGGAAGAGCACGCAGCCCUGCGAGUACUAUUACCGCGUGUACCACUCGCUGUGCCCCACCAGCUGGCCACCAGCCUCCGAGUUCCUUGUUUCCCUUGCUCUGGCCUCCAAGUGUAUGAUGGGGUUCUCAGGCCCAGGCUUCAACCAGAGGACCCUCCGCCACCACCGUUUCUUCCCGUCCUUGAGCUACCUUGGUGAACUCAUGACCCCAGGCCCCGGCUCCACCAGGAUGCCCCCAGGUCCUGCCAGCUGGGAAGUGCCAGCAUGAAUUCCUCAAACUUCGUGGAAGCCAGGGUCCCCCACAGCUGAGGGACCCCAAGCAGAACACCUACCCUCCCCAGGCCAGCUCCUGUCUGUAUGGGCAACAUGACUCAGAGCACCCAAGCCCCUAAGGCUGUCCUGACCAUCCACGCUGCAACAAGGAUAGGGAAUGAUCACGAUGGCCCUGGCGUCUCCCCUCCCCCACCACUCCCCAAGCACCCCUUGAGCUGCUGCCCAGCUCACACCAGAAGCUGACUUUGGCCCCCACGGGGACAUCAGGCAAGGUCUGGAGACAUUUUUGGUUGGGACGGAGGGAUGUUCCUGGCAUCUAGUGGGUGAAGACUAGGGAAGCUGCCCAACAUCCUGCAAUGCAGAGGACACGCCCUGCCCAGAAACACCAGCUCAGCACGGCAGCAGCGUGGAGGCCGGGAAACCCUGAUCGCCAGUUUCUCAAUGCCCUCCACCUCCAGGGUUCAAACGAUUCUCCUGCCUCAGCCUCCCGAGUAGCUGGGAUUACAGGCCUCCGCCACCACGCCCACCUCAGUUUGCAUUUUUAGUAGA